CAGGAUGGCUAUAUGUGACUAGAAGAACCUGAUAAAUUUGCUAAAGGAGGUCUUCAUUUCAGAAAGCACAGGGGAUGGGAAAUUCCUUGGCUGGGAAUAAGUUCCAGGAGCUGAUAUUCUGGCUCACACGACCCUUGUCUGCUUUCAUCAUUUUAGCCAACCUCUUUAUCAUCACUGGGAUCAUCUUCAACCGCAAGCUCCAUGGUGCCAUCAACUGGUUCUUCUUAAGCCUACUUUUUGCCGAUCUUCUGGCUGGGGCAGCCCUUCCAACUGUUCCACAACUUGCCUUUGAACAGCAACGGAGCUACCACCUUUGCUUCUUCAUCCAUGUAGCACCCAAUUUCCUCUUUCUCUCCUUCUUAGCCAACCUUCUGGUGGUACACUAUGCCAAGUAUGUGUGCAUCAUCCACCCACUACACUACCACAAGUCCUGGGUGUAUCGCUGGGCUGCUUUUUACAUACUCUUGGCCUGGACUGCUCCUUUGAUCUUCACCUGCGUCCCACUCAUUUGGAACCAGUGGCAACCCAAUCUCAACUGUUCCUUCCAGCUUGUCUUCCCCAUGCCUUACCUCUACUUUGAGACCUAUGGACUCCUCAUUCCCACUAUCUUCGCCAUAGCCUUCAUGUGCAUCCGAGUGCUGUGCGUAGCCCGAAAGCAACUGAAGAGCAUCACAAAACUCCUUCGUUCAGUGAAUCGAGGCCAGGCCUCUUCAGAGCUGGAGCAGAAGCUGGAACUGCGGAAUGCUAAGGGCAUUGCCGGUGUGUCUCUCAUCUUCUUGGUCUGCUGGGUUCCAUAUAUUGCUUGCUUGAAUAUUUCAUUGCUAAGCAUAAGGUACUACUUUGUAAAUUCCCUCACUCUCACUAUUGUCACCUGCCUAGGCAAUGGUAGUGCAGCAGCAGUGCCCAUCUUCCUCAGUCUUAUUGACCACCAAUACAUACAGUUUUGGAGGGAUGUGGCCUCCAAAUUCUGGGGGAGCUGUUGCCAAGGUCAGAGUUGCAGGCAAAAGCAAGCCAAGUCAAAGACCAAGAUGCCACCUGGUAAGCCUUGUAUCCCAGAGACAGACCCAGAAGGAACACGAGAGUGGUGUCCUCCCAAUAAAGACCCCAAAACCUCACCAGCAACAGAUGAAGCCAGAUGUUUGGAAUUAGCCAUCAGGUUUGGCACAAGCCUCUGA